AUGUCACAAGUGAAUUACUAUCCGCCACCUGAUAUUCCACGACCAGAUAUUUUAUAUCAACAUGUCAAUAACGGAUGGACAGAUCUGAAAUACCGAUUAAAUGCCAAGGAAGUGUAUCGUCCAGUUAAAGCGUUAUUCACAAUCCAAAAUCUUGGUCAGAAUAAUAUGGCUUUAGUAGCUCGUGUUGAAAAGACAGCUAGCAUUUCAGAUGCUCAAAAACAAGCUAUCAGCAGUUCUAAUCAGCAGCGAACAGUUGUAAAUUUAAGUCGAGAGCAUGAAACCAAAGAGAGAAUAUCUCUAGAUCCCUCAACAACUGGAUGCAUUUUGACUGGAAGCAUGGAAACUAAAAAAGAAAUUACAGAAGAACCUACUGAACUAUUUCAAGAACCGUUAGCAUCUUCCGGUAACGAUGAAUUGCAGCAGCAUCAUGCUUCUUCAAUAUCUUCGACUUCCUUUCUAAAUUCAGCAGUUUCCCCAUCAACACAGCACCAAGUGUUAGAUUCAUCUUAUCCUAUGAACACAAAGCAACCGGGAGCAAAAGAGUAUGAAUUUCAUGAUUAUAAGGAACAGUUGUAUUUUACAACUUCCGAUGCUACAAUAAUUCGCAAUCCGUCAGGUAGUGAGCAGCAAUUUCAAGCCGAAAAUACAAUGUCUGUAACUACAUCCAUAGUAGUGCAGGGUGUUCCACAGGAGGCUAUGUCAUCAUCAGAUAUCAGAUCAAAACAACUACCUUCUAAUUUCGUAAAUAGUACUCUAUUUAGUGAAACCAAAGAAAAGCAAAAACCAAGGAGAUUUUCAGAAACUGAAGAAGUCUCAAAAAGUCACUAUGAAACUUCUGUUGAUCUAAGUGAAUUUUAUCCGGAUUUAUCGACGAAUACAGUUUCAUUCUUUUCAUUAUUAACAACUGUUGAACCUGAUAUUCCAAUGAAUCUCCCUGUUGUAAACACAGAAUCUCAGGGAUCAGCUAUUCAAUAUUCUAGUGAUAUUCAUGAAACCAACAUUUUAGAAAACACAAAAAAUUCUUCUGGAAUAGUAGUGGUAAAUCAAAAUAAUUUAUCACAAACUGGAAAAAAAUUAUUUCAACCAACAGAUAACGCGUCGCCUGUUGAGAAACAGUUUGUUAAGCCAAGAAAUCAAUCACUGUUACCCUUUCAUUUUUCUAUGAAGAAUGGAAUUAUUAUUUUUAAUAAUGUGUCAUCAAGUAAGCAUACAUCAAAGCAAGAAACAAUUCCCAGAAGUUCUGCAUACUUUGGGUCUGACACUGAUGAAAGCAAUAUAAGCAAUAACAACACUACACUGGAAGAAACCACUCAUGAAGAGACAUUGGUGUCAACGGCAAUGAUUUUCGAAGAGUCGCCCGUACUUGAAUCUUACCACGAUUUAUCAGUUGAAGAAAUUCCGAAUGUCACUAAUGAAAAAGAAACUUUGAGUAACUUUGGACAGGAAACAGAUAGCUUGCACGGCAGAUCUAAAUUUGAGCAGCAUUCACCACUCACUAGUAGAUACUAUCCGGAGCAAACAUCACUCAGUAAUGGAUAUUAUCCGGAGGAACAGCAUUUACCCUCUGACUUGGGUACUGAAGGCAUCGUUAGUACUGAAAUUAAUGAACAAAAUUAUCAAACCACUGAUAUCUAUUUAACCAAUAUUUAUCCCAGCUAUGAAAACAGAGAAGUAGUUGAACAUGGCAAAGUCCCAAACCAGUUAGGUCACAUCGAUAUUUCUGAACAGGAGCAGAUUGAUAAAAUGAAGAUGAGUUCCGAUCUGCAUUUAUCCGGCAUAGAUAUCACCAGCACUGCCAGUGAUAUCACACAGCAAAGCACAGUGGUCACUGAAAUGAAGUCGGAAGUUUUCAACGAAAUUUAUGAAGUCAAACAGCUUGAAUCAAGCAGCACUAGUAAUGAAAAAAACUAUGCAGAAGAAACUAUGCCGUCAAUGCUUCUGCAGAUAACGAACGAAAUACCAUUAUCAGUAGCGAUAACAUCGACUACCAUUCUAGCAGGAAUUCAUCGAACUGAAAUACCAAUCAAAGAAAUCACUGAUGAUAAUCAUGCAGCAUCCAUGAACUGGUAUGCAACAUCAUCAAUAAGGCUUGGAGAAUCGAGACAACAUGUUAUCCUUCCUAUUUCCGAAGUAAAAGUUGAUGAUGAAAUGUCUGAUACUUCGGGAUUAGUUAGCACCACACAAGAAUCUUCAGAAGCAAUCAACAUUUCCGCACCAACUCCUCCUGCAAUCAUUUUACUUCCACCAUCUGUUCCGUUAUUAGCUGUGACCGAAAUUUCAUCAGAUGGCUAUUCAACUGUUGAGGAAGGUUGGCAAGUCAAUCCUUCUCACAUUGAUAAAGAAUCUUCAGAAGAUUUGUUAGAAGCAACUUCAAGUUAUCUUGAAGAAGUAAGUGAAAAUGAUUGGAAUUCUCAAUUUAAAAGUGAAGUUCCUCAAUCAAAAAUACUUCAUAAUGAAACAGCAGAUGAGAUUAAAAAUAGUGCAGCGUCAUCCUAUCCCAGCAAUUUUCAUGAAUAUAAAAAUGACGAUGAUGGUAACGUCAUGGCUAUAGUAACAAGAAACACAGAAAAACUUGCUAGCAUAUCCUCCAAGGAUAUUGUUUCAACAACCUUUUUUCCCAUUCCGAUAAUGCAAAACCGAUAUGUAAGCAUUUCGCCUGGAUACGGCACUGUUGAAUCAACGAAAAUUAAUAAACCACAAUUCAUCCCACAGCCAUUACCGUCAAAUUCAGUAAAGUUCCCCAACACAGCCCAGCGUUUCAAGCCUGUACUUUACCAGUCAUACAUCCCACAAAAACCAUUCUAUACCAGCUUCCCGAAAGCAACAAUUCACAGGAAAGAAUCGUUAAAUGCCCCAUCAUCAAUGUUUAAUUUAAAAAAAGGCAGGGAAUGCUGUGGUGGCAGUGGUCACGGUAAUGGCGGUAGUAGAUAUCAGAGUUGCGGUGGUGGAUUUGUUACAAACUGUUCACCAUACUGUUUAUUGCUUCCUUUUUGCCUUCAAACAGUUCCAUUAUGCUCUCUGCCAUGUCUUUGUCGUGCUGCUAAUAAAAUACACAGAUUAUUUGUUGGAGAAAACUGUUAA